AUGUCAAGCACUACAAACAAUCCUUCUCGCCUAGUUCUCAUCACUGGAGCUGGAGGUAAAAUCGGAAGCUACUUUGCUGCUCACGCUAACAAAGUACAUCCAUCUCAUCAACCGAAAAAUAUCGAGCUUCUUGAACCUCACGGCGAAGUUGUUGAAGCUGAACUUGAGGAUGUCAAAGCACUGGAGCAGGUUUGCAAGGGAGUACACACAGUACUUCACUUAGCCGCACAGACGAGUGCAGAAGCCACUUGGGAUCAGUUGUAUGCACCUAAUAUUCACGGAGUGUACAAUAUAUUUUUGGCAGCAAAACGAGCUAGCGUAAAGCGAGUAAUCUUUGCCAGCUCACUUCGAGCGGUCUGCGGCAAUCCAAAAGGUACUCAAGCUAAAACACACGAAUUUCCAAAUCCUGGAGAUCUCUACGGCGUGACGAAAUGUUUUGGGGAAGCUUUAGCUAGAUAUAUGGGAGAGCAAGAAGGUGUCUCUGCCAUUGCAGUCCGUGUUGGUUCCUUCAAACCGCAUUUCGCUGCACAAGAUGAGUCUAAACAUGGCGCGAUGAUGGACGCUUGGUUAUCAGAACGUGAUGCCUGUCAGCUCUUUGAACGAUGUAUUGACGCUCCGGAAACCAUUCGAUUUGCCAUUGUCCACGGCCUGUCAAACAAUACAUUCAAUUGUAUGGACAUUCAAUCCACGAAAGAUCUGUUAGGUUACAAACCGCAAGAUAACUUCUUCGAAGAAGCAGAGAAAUUCCGAUCAUUAAAAAUUAGUCAAAAUAUUCUCGGUCACAAUGUUCAGGAUCCAAAGCAAAAAUCAGCACUACCAGACAAUGCAUCUGAUCCUGGUGAAAGAAAAUAA